AUGGAUUUAACAGAUAUUGUGCCGAGUGCUUUUAUCCCCAAGCCACUGACGGUAGUCGUGGUUGGUACAGGGGUUUCGGGCAUUCAAUUUGCCCAUGACGUGACAGCUUCCUUGAAGGAUGUUGACCUUCAAAUCUUUGACCGAAAUCCUUGUCUUGGGGGAACAUGGUACCUCAAUAAUUAUCCGGGGUGUACAUGCGACGUACCAUCUCACACAUAUCAGUUCAGCUGGGCACCAAACCCGCUGUGGUCCUCUCUUUACCCUCCAGCCCGUGAAAUACACCAAUAUCUAGAAGAUGUGGUGGAUAAACAUAAUCUUCGACGGUUUAUGACCUUUAACACGGAGUGCGUGUCUGCAAAUUGGGACGAGAAGUCUUCAAAAUGGGAGAUCGUCUUUCGCAAUGUCCAAUCAACCUUUGAACGGACCAUCUGGGCCGACAUCUUUGUCUAUGCCGUCGGUCGUCUCAAUAACUACAAAGUGCCUCGGAUACCAGGGCAGGAUAAAUUUCAAGGAAAGCAAGUUCACACUGCAAACUGGCCCUCCAGAAUGAAUGUCAAAAAAAAGCGAGUAAUAGUUAUUGGAAAUGGCGCUAGUAGCGUUCAAUGUACAGCAGCAUUGCAGCCAGUUGUUUCGAAAGUCAUUAACAUUGCUCGAGGACCAACUUGGAUCGUGCCACAUGUUUUCUCCGAUGAUGGUGCUGUUCAGCGGCACUAUUCCUCUGAACAAAAGAAUGCACUGCAACUUAGCCCUCCAAAGUACUAUGAUUUCAGAAUUGGACUAGAAAAAAAGCUGGCGGCUGGCUUUCCAGGUCUGUGGAAAGGCACUAGAUCACAAGCUCGGUUCACUUCUUUAUCAGAGUCGUUCAUGAAAUCAAAGAUUGCAGAUCAAAAACUCUUGGAUGCUCUUUUACCGGAUUUCGAGGCAGGUUGUCGUCGUUUCACACCAGGUGGUCCUUACUUGGACGCACUGCAACAACCAAACGCCGAGUAUCUGAGAGAUUCGAUCUCCGAGCUAACAAGUGAGGGCCUUAUCACAUCAUCGGGGAGGAACAUUGAAUGUGAUAUUAUUGUCUACGCAACUGGAUUCGAGCCUUAUCAACCCCGAUUUCCAGUCAUUGGCCGGGCAGGACAAUCGCUCUCCAAAGCUUGGGACCGAGAGGGACCAUGCGAAAGCUACAUGGCUGCGAUGGUUGCCGGGUUUCCGAAUUUCUUUGAUAAAAAUGCCAAUGGGAAGAUCAUCGUUCCAUGGCCUGGUACAGUACUUCAUUACUAUGCCGCAACGGAGAUUAUUCGUUGGGAAGACUUCGAUUUGGAGUACGAGAACCCGGCUGAGAAGUAUGCGAGCUUUGGGAACGGGGUCACAGCAGAUGGCUUCGUGCCCGAUCGAUUCCCCUGGGUCAUCCCACCCCUUCAACAAAAACAUCCUAUUUCACUUAGCUCUGGCUCCCCAGAAAAGCCCUUGCUGGUGCAGGGUAGGAUCUAA